AGUCUCAGUAGACACGUCUUCUUUCAGACUCAUGAAAUGGAUUCAAUCUAUGAAAAUACUGAUUUCAUACUUUCUACAGUUGCAUCAGAUGAAAACCGCUCUCAAUUCAAAAGUAAAGGCCGGGAUGAUAUCGGUAACUCCAACAAAGAUCAAGAAAGGAAGAGGGAAGUUCAUCCUCCUAAGUGGACUAAAGUUCUUCUGAUUUUUUUAGCCUUCUGUCUUGUUUUUGCUCUUGGAGGUCUCUGUAUUCUAGGGAUACUGUAUACCAGUGUUUCAGUGAAACUGUCUGCCCAGCAAACUAACGGCACAAUCAUGGAAGGAGAGCUUGAGGAACUUAAAACCAACUACACCAAUUACAAAGAACAGUUUGAUGCGCUCCAAAAACAGCAUGAGGAGACACUUAGAAAGCUGAACAGAUUAAAUCACAGCACAGGUUGUGCACUUUGUUCUGUCCACUGGAUUCAUUUUGGGGGAAAGUGUUACUACUUCUCUACGGUCAUGAUGAACUGGACACAGAGUCGAGAUCACUGUGUGACUCUAGGAGGACAUCUAGUGAUCAUAAACAGCCAAGCAGAGCAGGAUUUUCUUACCUCUAAAGUUAAAGUGACUCACUGGAUUGGUCUGAAUGAUUUGGACACUGAGGGACACUGGUUUUGGGUGAACAACCAGCCACUUAAUGAUUCAGUAACAUUCUGGAUGAAACGAGAGAAUGGAAUCAGUGAGCCUGAUAACUGGACGAAAGAAGAUGAAGCCGGUGAAGACUGUGCUAGUCUGGGACAUCCAGCAGGAGAGACGGAUUUCUGGACGGAUGCUUUCUGUUUUGAAAAGAAAAGAUUUGUGUGUGAAGCUGCUGCAGCGGUUUAAUUCACAACUCCUGAAUAAACCUAAAAGUUAGCAUUCUGUCAUUUAUUCAAACCAAAAGACAUUUUAAAGAAUGUACUUGCAGUGGUGCUCCUGCCCGUACGCAAAGUAUGCAUACUGCAUAUCACCAGCAUUUCAAUAUGCAUUCUGUAACUUCAUUGCUAAAUCAUGUACGUCAGUAAUCAUUUAUACCAAUUAUAAACAAUGCUGUCACUCUAAGUCUGACUGUCCGUGAUAGCUCUGCGAUGGAUUUUGCAUAGGUCAACCGUUCAAAUAAAUGCAGUAUUAAACUCA